AUGGGAUCAAAAGGAGCCUUGUCGAAUCUGCCUGCUGCCAAUCCCGUUGUAUUCUUCGAUAUAUCAAUAGGGGGACAGCCUGCUGGAAGAUUAAAGAUGGAAUUGUUUGCUGAUGUCGUGCCCAAAACUGCUGAAAACUUUAGGCAAUUCUGUACUGGAGAACACAAAGUCGCUGGUAAACCACAAGGCUACAAAAACGCUCAAUUUCAUCGUAUCAUCAAGGAUUUCAUGGUUCAGGGUGGCGACUUUCUAAAGGGCGAUGGAACUGGAGCAAUGAGCAUAUACGGAGAAAAAUUCGAAGAUGAAAACUUUACUCUAAAACACAGUGGUCCAGGCCUACUAUCAAUGGCAAACAGUGGUGCAAACACAAACGGCUCGCAAUUCUUUAUUACUUGUGCAAAGACAGAUUUCUUGGAUGGCAAACAUGUCGUAUUUGGGCGACUCGUGGAUGGUUUGCUGACUUUACGAAAAAUGGAAAACGUGCCCACAGGGGUAAAUAAUCGCCCCAAGUUGGCUGUUACUAUUGCUGAAUGUGGAGAGCUAUAA